GGUUUCACUUCGAUUGUCAAUCUUUUAUCGCUUCUCUGUGUGUCUCCAACGCUUUCCUCUCUUCCCCACACUGCACCAUCAACCUCCAACGACGUCGAGGGACCAUAGUGGGGCACACAGCGACGCUGGGGAACUGAUAUGUAAACCGGCAACAAUUGAUCAUAACCCUCGGACUUGUCAGGCUUUCAUUUCCAGUCGAGUCGCCGUGAGACUGCAGAAACCUGAAAUAGCUGCUGCGGACCAUAUUGAACUGAAAUUGAUUCACGCGAGAGGGUCAAUAAUGUUAUAAGAUUAACGCCGGAAAGCUUCCACUCAUGUGAUUGUAUAGUUUAUAUUAAAUAUAUUUUAUUUUUAUACCGGUGUUUUUGUGCUUGCUUCGUGUUUGCACAGUUUCAGUGAUCCCGCGCAGCUCCCAUUUCUAACACAUCAUCACUGCUUGCUCGGUAUAUGUGAUAUAUUAAAUUAGGGGAAUAAUUCACUCAGAGGAUAGAGGAGUGCGUAGUUUAGCCCAGUCACUCCUCACCGGUGCCCGUUCGUCCCAGUUUGCCUCAGGAUUGGGUCUCUUCGCCACCUGGAGUUCCCCUACCUCGGCUCGGUCUCAUCGUUGUUCUUCCCGGUGAACUGCAGAAGAGCGAGCUCGCUCUCACCGGUAACAGAUAAUGUCGGGGGAGUCGGUGUUGAUCCCGGACGACCGGGCAUUCAGCAACUUCAAGGAGGAGUGCGGGAGCGAGGAGGGCUGGAGUCUGACCUACAACAAGACGGGCAUGACCGUGUGGACCCAGACUAUAGCAGGAGACGAGGAGAAGUCAAUCCACAAGAUUAAGGUGAGAACAGGGUAGGCCGGUACACAGCUGAAUAGAAUAUGUGAGGAGCAGCGGGCACCAUAUGGGCUACCUCGGUCACACAGUCCCAUAACAGGAAGUCAUAAUGGCCUAAAUUCAAAUCCUUUCGGAAUAUUACUCGAAGGAGGGCAAGGAAGUGUUAUUUACAGGAAGAAAGUAAAGAUAGAUUUGAAAAGUAUUGGGCCAGGGCCUGGGUAUGGUGUGUGUUGUGGGUGCCAGCGUGUAUGUAUCCGGGUCUGUGACAGGAUAGCCGGCAAACAGGUGUUCACAUGGAGUUGUUUGAUGAAGGGAGGAGGGGAGAGAGGGAAACAGAAGGUCAACCAGGAUGUGUGUGGACUGUACACGUGAUUAAUCAUCUCUGACGUUACACUGUUGGAGCAGGCCACUUUAAACUCAGACAGGUGUGUGUGUGUGUGUGUGUGUGUGUGUGUGUGUGUGUGUGUGUGUGUGUGUGUGUGUGUGUGUGUGUGUGUGUGUGUGUGUGUGUGUGUGAGAGAGAGUGAGAGACCAGCUGUGUGUGAUGUAAGAAGCUGCAGGUAGAAGUCUGUUCUGUUUCCCCAUAGAGAUUCCUGUUCUGCUACCUGUGAGUGUGGGCUACUCUAUGACAGGUACUUUAACUGACACACAGACAUUUUUGACAGACAUGACCAUCAGAGAAAGGAGCCUAUAAUGGGUCUGGUAGCUAGGUAGGCAGGCAGUAAACCUGUUAUAUUAGCUGUCAUCUAUCUGUCUCUGAAGUGUCCGUUGGCCUGAUUUGCAUAAUGCCACAGUGUAUAAAGUGUGCUUAAGGAGAGGCCUUGUCUUUCACUGCACUCAUGCCUGUAGGGGAUAGAGGUGUGUGUGUGUGUGUGUGUGUGUGUGUGUGUGUGUGUGUUUGCUCAGUUUGUAUGCAGAGGUAAUCUCUCUGUGUAUUCAUACAGGACAGGUGGACCUUCUCAUAAUAGCUCCACAAACAGAAAGAGAGAGAGAGAGAGAGGGAGGACAGUUGUCACACAUAGCAGGAUACACACACUGAUUGGGAGUAGCCCUCAAACCGUUACAUCCUUGUGUGUGUGUCUCUCUAAACUCUUAUGUAAAUGUAUAUGUUGUGUGUCUCAGUAUGGUUGUGUGUGCUCAGGAGGCAGUGAUGCUAUGAUCCUGUUCUUCUAUUUAGAGACUGGAAUAAAAGCAUGGAUGCUCUCCCAGCUGAUGCAUGUGGAAAGUGUGUGUGUGUGUGUGUGUGAGGCUGUUGUAGUGUUCUCCUCUCCCAGACGGCCAAUAGCAGUGAAGAACAGUGACAUGUAAAGUGCAGAUGCAUUGAAACUCCCAGAGGGAGGGGGAGGUUGGGGGAGAGAUCUUUGUCCAUCUCAUCAUCCUCAUCAUCAUCAUUAGCAGAAUAAUGAUCAUUAUAGUCAAUAAUCUAUCAGCCGGUAACCAUUAGUCAUCCAUAUCAUCAGCAUCUCUAUUAACCUCCCAUCAUCAUUAUACUGAGACACACGCACGCGCACACACACACACACAAAGGCAAGCCGAGCUAUGCUUCUGUAUAUAUGUGGGCGGUGUGUGUAUCAUAUGUGGGUGGUUUGACAAGCUGUCAGACUGCUGGCUACUGUUUGGACUUUCCCCAGCACACACACUCCCUGAGGACUGAGGGAAACCUGAUGGUAUACAGAUCCACUCAUCCCAUCUCAUCCUUCUCUUCCACAUUCCUCUACCCCUGUCCAGCAGAACAGAUGAGCUUUGACAGGCCAGAGGGAGAGGGGAGAGUGGGGGAGAGGGGGAGAAGGAGGGAUGUUUGAUUAAACGCAGCUGACUGUACUGCAGUCUAAUGCAGGGGGAAGGGUGUGUGUAUGUUUGAGGUUAGAGGUCGUGUAUCAUGUGACUGUGAGCAUGCAGUGUCUAGUCCACAGGACUCCGUCAAUACAUACACACGUGUACUGCCAACAUUGACCUCUCACACAUGGGAUUUCAGUUUACUGUUCACACGCACCACAGUUUAGUCUCCAUGUCUCGUCAGUUUAGUCUCCAUGUCUCUCCGUCUCUCUCUCUCUCUCUCUCUCUCUCUCUCUCUCUCUCUCUCUCUCUCUCUCUCUCUCUCUCUCUCUCUCUCUCUCUGUCUCUCAAUUUCAAUUUAAGGGCUUUAUUGGCAUGGGAAACGUAUGUUAACAUUGCCAAAGCAAGUGAAGUAGAUAGUAAACAAAAGUGAAAUAAACAAUAAAUAUUAACAGUAAACAUUACACUCAGAAGUUCCAAAAGAAUAAAGACAUUUCAAAUGUCAUAUUAUGUCUAUAUACAGUGUUGUAACAAUGUGCAAAUAGUUCAAGUACAAAUGGGAAAAUAAAUGAACAUAAAUAUGGGUUGUAUUUACAAUGGUGUAUCUCUCUCUCUGUCUCUCUCUCUCUCUCUGUCUCUCUCUCUCUCUCUCUCUCUCUCUCUCUCUUCUCUCUCUCUCUCUCUCUCUCUCUCUCCUGCCCUCAUCAGUAGAGGAGUGUACUGAAUUAGUUUAAUAGAAUUACAAUGAUAGUCUUCUCAUUCUCUCUCCCUCUCCCUCCCCCUCUCCUGUUUCAAUCUGCCCUGUGGACACAAUCGCUUCAUUAUUCUCUCAAAUCCAUUGUGACUUUUAAGUCCUUAGUCCAACACACACACAGAGAGAGAGUUGGGUUACUGAAUCACUAGUGAAACUGCAGUAGUACCUGAUAACAUAGGUCCUCAUGACCAUAGAAAGUAGUCUGUAUAGACUACUACUGGACACGGUUCUGUGAGAUACACUCUCUCUGAGUCUCAGUAUGGACCCAUAGUUAAGGUUAGAGUAUAGAUUUGCUUGCCAGACCCACAAGGCUGUUGAGAGAUGGGUUUCCCCAUAUAGUGAACUACUUUUGGUCGGGGCUAUCCCCAUGUGGCUGUGAUCGAAAGUUGUGAAUGCUAUGGGUUUCUCCCCUCCCCCUAUCUUCUGUCUUCUGUCUGUGUUGUUGUGGUGUGGAGUAUUCCCUUGGCUGAGGUAACCAUGGAGAUGGCGUUACUGUAGGGCAGUUUUGCAGGCCUCUGGUGUGCGUGUGUGUGCAUGCGCGUGCGCGUUCUCCUUUUUAAGAGCCUGGACAUUGGCCAAUUCCCCCCCCCCCCCCCCACACACAACACAAAACAACCCUUUAAACUCUCACCCUCUUCUCUCUUUCCUUCAUCUUUCCCUAUUUACUCCCGUACUCCGCCUCUCCCUCAGCUCUUCUACCUACCACAUUCCUGUAGCGAAUGCUCUGACCAGAUCGGAAGGGGAGGAGAGAAAAGAGGGAUAGGGGGGGAAAGCCUCCCCUUCCCUCCCCCCCCCCCCCCUCUCUUCCUCUCCUUCUCUCUCCUCCCGCCUCGCCCCUCUCUUCUCUUCUCCCCCUCCUCUUCUCCUUCUUCUCUUCCCCCCUCCUCGCUCUCCUCUCUCGUCUCUCUGGUCUCAGACUCGUCGCUAAUCAGGCGAUCUCGCUCUCUCUCACUCCCCAUCGUGUCUCUCCCUUCUUCCUCUCUCCCCUCUCUUCUCUCUCCCCUCUCUUCUCUCUCUCCCUCUCUCUCUCCCUCUCUUCUCUCCUUCUCUUCUCUCUUCUCUCUACCCUCCCAAGCCACUUGAUUAAGGAAGGUUAUAACAUUUUCCUCCAUGUAGCUGUGCGUUUGUAUAGUGUUAGUUAUUUAUAGUUUAGGUGCUGUUGACUAGAGACACAUCUGUGUACACUGGCCGGCCCAUCUCUUCAUUUAAAACACACACACACACACACACACACACACACACACACACACACACACACAGUAGUGUAAGGGAUUUGGCGUCAGGGUGGUGUCAGCUGUGUUAGGAAAUGUAUUUUGUUGUUUGGUCGACUAACGGUAAGAGAGUGUGUGUGUUUCUCCUGUAGUGUCGGAUGGCGUGUAAGGACGUCUCAUCUGAGACCAUGUAUGAUGUUCUCCAUGACAUCGAGUACCGUAGGAAAUGGGACGCAAACGUCAUCGAAACCUUUGACAUCGGAAAACUCACUGUUAACGCAGACGUGGGCUACUACUCCUGUACGACACAUACACGCACACGCGCACACACACACACACACACACACACUCUCUUGGCGUUGUGUGUGUAUGUUAAUGAGGCUCCUCGUCUGUGUCUAGGGAAGUGUCCCAAGCCGCUGAGGAACCGUGACGUCAUCACGCUGCGGUCCUGGCUGCCCAUGGGCAGUGAUUACAUCAUCAUGAACUACUCUGUCAAACAUGCCGUAAGUAUAAACAUGUACAGGGAGAGAGUGUCCUGGUCCAGAAACCUGUACUAUACCCCCUACCCCGUGGCUCUCCAACCCCGUUCCUGGAGAGCUACCCUUUCUAAGUUCUCAACCCCAGUUGGAACUAACCUGAUUCAGCUUAUCAACCAGCUAAUUAUUCAAAUCAGGUGCCCUAGACGAUGUCUCCAGGAACAGGGUUGGAGUCUUGGAUAGGGUCAGUGGAUAACCAACUGGUUGUACAACGUUCUGCAGGUAGAAACAUUUGAGAUAGAACAGACCUGCAGGAUAUUUUCCUCAGUGGGAAACAAAUGCUACAGUAGGACUGUCCACUCUAUUUGAAUCGACAUGCUGUAGAUGGACAUGUCUUGGGGUAUCUUUAGUGGUUGUGUGUGUGUGUACGUAAGUGCAGUUUGAUAAAGGUGGGUCAUGUGUGUUUAAGUGGAGUAUUUGCUUACUCUAGUAAGACUGUGUGUGUAUUAGUUGACAUAAUCCUCUGGCAUUUCAAUAAAGCUUUAUCGGUCCGUGCCACUUCUAACAUUGGAUAAAGCCUGUGUGUGUUUGCUGGAUAGGGCAGUGGCAGCUCAGGGUUAGAUUACUCAACACUCAGACAGUACAGUGGCUCUGCCCUGUCCAAGGGUUUGGUUUGGAAUCAGACCUCUCUUUUUUACUCCUCUCUCUCAGUUUACUGUUCACACGCACCACAGUUUAGUCUCCAUGUCUCGUCAGUUUAGUCUCCAUGUCUCUCCGUCUCUCUCUCUCUCUCUCUCUCUCUCUCUCUCUCUCUCUCUCUCUCUCUCUCUCUCUCUCUCUCUCUGUCUCUGUCUCUGUCUCUGUCUCUGUCUCUGUCUCUGUCUCUGUCUCUGUGUCUCUGUCUGAUCAAUAUUAAGUUGGCCUCUCAUGUGACUGCUGCUGCUGUAAGCUUCCGCAUUCCACACUCAGACAAACCUGCAAGACACUUCCAAACAUACAUCCAGACAUACACAGCUACUUUGCUCACAUUGAGUUCAUUGAGAGGAAUGUGUCAGAGUUGACUGUUAUUGGACUAGGCAGGGCCAGCUUCAGGAACAGACAGAGAUGCAGAGCGGAACUAGGAUAGGAACUGUGAGUGAGAGUGAGAAUCCGUACUGUCACUUUACCCCUCCACAAUAUUGUGCAGUGAACUCCUGAUAAGUGAAUGUCAUCUUUUCAAUUUAAACUCUGUUUAAGUGCAGGGCAGUUCAUCAUUUUAUUUAAAUACAUUUUGGUUGAAUGUUCUGGCCAUAUAGUGCACUCAUGCAGAAUGAACCCAAAUAACUGGAGUCAACUGUAUCUCCUGAGUGGCGCAGUGGUCUAAGGCACUGCAUCGCAGUGCUAACUGUGCCACUAGAGAUCCUGGUUCGAAUCCAGGCUCUGUCGCAGCCGGCCGCGACCGGGAGACUCAUGGGCGGCGCACAAUUGGCCCAGCGUCGUCCAGGGUAGGGGAGGGAAUGGCCGGCAGGGAUGUAGCUCAGUUGAUAGAGCAUGGCGUUUGCAACGCCAGGGUUGUGGGUUCGAUUCCCACGGGGGGCCAGUAUAAAAAAAUAAAAAAUAAAAAUGUAUUCACUAACUGUAAGUCGCUCUGGAUAAGAGCGUCUGCUAAAUGACUAAAAUGUAAAUGUACAGCAGUUGAACUGUCAGUGGUUGAGACCAUUUCCUCAGAUGGGGUGUUCUGUGCUAACUAGGGCUGUUCCACUGUGUAUUCCUGUAGAAAUACCCCCCCAAGAAGGACAUGGUACGAGCGGUGUCCAUCCAGACUGGCUACCUGAUCCAGAGCCAUGGACCGAACCACUGCACUCUGACCUACCUGGCACACGUGGACCCAAAAGGUUAUAUAUGCCCCCCCCCCCCCCCACAGUGGAGGCUGCUGAGGGCAGGACAUCAUAGUAAUGGCUGGAAUGGAGUCAAUGGAAUGGUAUCAACCACAUGGAAACCACAUGUUUGAUUCCAUUGACUCCAUUCCAGGCAUUAUUAUGAGCCAUCCGGUGGUUAAUGUGCUUGGAGAGUUAAUGAAUGAUUCAUACUCAGGACCUUCUUUCUAUAGCAAUCGCCAUAGUAACUAUGGAUCUGUAGGUCAGGGUCUGUCCCUCUCAUCUCUCUCUCUUUUUAUUGCUCUUUCUCUGUUAAUCCAACUCUUUUAAGAUCUUAAAGCUCUUGAUAAUCUCUCCAUCUAAUUAUCUCUAAAUCACCCCUUGUUCUGGUGUGAGCAUGUGUGUGACAUCUGUUAACAGUGAGUGAUUUGACCGUGGAUGACAUGCCAUGGUGUAACAUUUAAAAAUCCCCCCCCCCCCCAGGUUCACUACCCAAGUGGGUUGUUAACAAGUCUUCCCAGUUCCUGGCUCCCAAAGUAAGUACAUUCCAGACUGCUUAUCCCUACACUGCCCAGCAUUACACUCCCACUGUACACACUCCCACUCCCAUAACCACAUUAUAAUGCUGAAGCAAGGAGAGGGAGGGAGAUGGGUAGCAGGCAUGUGUGAGUGGCUGUGUGUCUCCAUGCAUAACCCUCUCACUCAGCAGAGUCUGGUUGUCAGGUCUUGGGAGACACGGGAGAACACCUAUGUAUAAUGUAUGAUCCAUCCUACACUUCCCUGGGCUAGAAACUGUGUGUGUGUGUGUGUGUGCUGAAAUAGGCCAUGGGUCCUCAAGGGAAUGAGGAAAGAUGAGGGAGAGCCCCUGAUAUCUAGAUCUCAAACCGAUAGACAACACACUAAAGCACAGCAGCCAACUCUCUCUCUCCAUCACUAGGUUACUACAUGGCACAGCAGCCAACUCUCUCUCUCUCCAUCACUAGGUUACUACAUGGCACAGCAGACAACUCUCUCUCUCUCCAUCACUAGGUUACUUUAUGGCACAGCAGACAACACCACUACUGCAAGAAGCUCUCUGCUGUUUGUGUUCCUUUUUAACCCUGGCUAAAUGCAGAUCUCUGUGUGUGUGUGUGUGUGUGUGUGUGUGCAGGCGAUGAAGAAGAUCAGUAAGGCGUGUCUUAAGUACGGCGAGUGGAAGCAGAGACACAACCCGGGCUUUAAGCCCUGGCUCUACCCUGAGCAGACUACACUGCCCACAAUCUCUGUGUCCGAGCUUAGCAUCCAGCACGCAGACAGCCUGGAGAACAUUGACGAGAGUACACUCAGCGAGAUGCAGACGCGGGAGGAGAGAGACAGCGACUAACACCACACACACACCUCAGUGAGAUAAGAGAGACAGUGACACAAACACACAACACACACUUUCUCUUUCCUCUCCAGUCAGUCUCUUUGUCCUGAAUCUCUGCCCCUAUUGCCCAUUAUACCAUGUGUCUCUGGAUCACAUGGCUGUCUCCUGUAAAGCAUCCUGAACACACACACACACACACA